AUGAAACACAAACUCCUCCUGUCCAGACCCUUCUUUCAGAGUUCCCGCUUUUUAGGCUGGCAUUCCUACUGGGUGAUCCUUCAAGAUGGAGUUCUGUCCUGGUACUCUAAACAGUAGGUGCUCUCUCUCUUUACUUCCUUAGACACAAAUGUGGCCAUUUUAACCUCUUCCUGAAGUUCUAUGAUUGGUAAAAUAAUUUGAACAGCAGAUAAAGGACACCCUAGACCCCUCAUACUCAAUAGGCAGACUGCAGGCCAGAUCCAGACCCAGAACGUGGUCAAUACAGUCAAUACAAAUCGAAGGAAUGUUACAUUACUAGACCCCUGGUAUCAUAUAAACACACAUAAGACAUGGCAAAAUGUGUAGAAUUGCAGAAAAAGAAAAAAAAACGGCAAAAUGUUCUCUCCACCAACAAGAGGUGUAUGAAUAGUUUGGGGUCACAUGGGUUGCGAGGUGGGGGUUUGUUACUACGCCGAUAAAUGACAAUAUCCAUCCGGACCUUUGCCACCUAGGACAUUUGUGUUACUGGACCUUCUCAAAUAGUAAUAGUAUUUGAGAAGCCCUGCCCUAGACCCACACUAGAUUCUUAUAUCUAGUGUGUCUCUCUCUCUCUGCCUCCUAAGGUUGGAUGCAGCUGCCAAUGUCUGAAGACAAGGUUGUAAGUCUCUAACCCAAGUCCACUGUUUGGUAGGCCAUGAUUGUUCUCUCAUCAGAUUUAACAUGGGGACAGGAUUUACUGGAAUAUUAGGGUAGAAUAUGAAGAAUUCAGUGGAGGCUGCUGAGGGGAGGACGGCUCAUUAUAAUGGCUGGAAUGGAGUCAAUGGAAUGGUAUCAAACACAUCAAAGAUGUGGUUUCCAUGUGGUUGAUACCACUCCAUUGACUCCAUUCCAGCCAUUAGUAUGAGCCAUCCUGCCCUCAGCAGCCUCCGCUGGAGAAAUUAUGUUUUACUAUUUUAUUUUUCAGUCAGAGACAACUGCUUUUUCACCCUCAAGUGCUUCGAUGACAGUGUGCAUCAUUUCAAAGUGCAGUGGUGGAAAAAGUGCCCAAUUUUCCUACUUGCGUAAAAGUAAAGAUACCUUAAUAGAAAAUGACUCAAGUAAAAGUGAAAGUCACCAAGUAAAAUACUACUUGAGUAAAAGACUAAAAGUAUUUGGUUUUAAAUAUACUUAAGUAUCAAAUGUAAAUAUAAUUGCUAAAAUAUACUGAAGUAUCAAAGCUUCUUGUUUUUAUUUUGUUUACUGAUAGCCAGGGGGUGCUUCAACCUCAGACAUCAUUUACAAAUGAAGCAUGGGUUUAGUGAGUCCGCCAGAUCAGAGGCAGUAGGGAUGACCAGGGAUGUUCUCUUGAUUAGACCAUUUUCCUGUCCUGCUAAACAUUCAAAAUGUAAUGAGAACUUUUGGGUGUCAGGUAAAAUGUAUGGAGUAAAAAGUACAUAAUUUUCUUUAGGAAUGUAGUGGAGUAAAAGUAAAAGUAGUCAAAAAUAUAAAUAGUAAAGUACAGAUACCCCCAAAAACUACUUAAGUAGUACUUUCAAGUAUUUUUACUUAAGUACUUUACACCACUGUCAAAGUGUCCCCCGAGAAUGACCCUGAGGCAACAAGAAAAGUGAGAUGUGGUUUGUUUUACUGAAGUAUUAUUGUAUAUCAACAAUAGUGUUUUUCAUUGCUUAUGUUUUUUUCUAUAGCUGUCAUACCUACAAAAGCUAAGGAACAUCCUUUUUUUGUUAGAAAAAAAAAAAAUUUUUUCUGUUAGAAGAAAACACCGACCAGUUGAUGAACAUAGUCUACAUUUGAACAAACCUACAAACUCUAUUUCUAACACACACACACACAACAAACAACGCUAUUCUCAACUUCUCAUUUGCUUCCUGUCAUGAGUCAUGUGAGAGCCCAGUUAUUAACCUAAGAGCAGAACAUGAAGCAGCACAGUACAGUGCAGUACAUCGUGCAGCUCAGAGAGCGUGUGUUCUUCAGAGGUGGCUGGAUGCUGUGGAGGAAUACUGUGCCUACAGCACACACUACCGCUCUCAGGUGCAGUGCAGCGAGGAGGACGAGGAAGAAGUCAUGAGUGUGGGAGAGCUGACGGAAUCACUACAGGUGACAAACCAGUCUACAACCUCUUUACCUUCAUCUGGUAUCGCUCCUCAACCCUCCCCAUCCCCCUGAAUGUUCUCCUUCUGCAAUAGAUUUGUGUAUUCUCUCUUAUUCUUUUACACGUAAUGGGGAAUUUUAAUUUUUUCUCUCUCUCUCUCCCUCCCUCCCUCUCCCUCUUUUUCUCCCUCUCCCUCUCCCUCUCCCUCUCCCUCUCCCCCUCCCUCUCCCUCUCCCUCUCCCUCUCCCUCUCCCUCUCCCUCUCCCUCUCCCCCUCCCCCUCCCUCUCCCUCUCCCUCUCCCUCCUCCUCCCUGGCAGUCAGCUGAAGCUUGUCACCAGAAGCUGGAGAAGGAGGUUGCAUAA